UUGACAAACGAAACCCCAGCCACCUUACGAUAUCCAAAGACAUAUCCACAAGGAGUUCAUCCUCAAGCCACACAAACGUCCAUCUUCCCUUCACCAUUUUUUGCAACAACAGUAAGCUAGAAGGCCCCCAAUGGCAUUAGAAGCCUGCAGCUUCCAACUCACCGCAAGAGCUUCCAUCUUCAAGGACAAAAAGUUCAAUCUCCUCACGAACAAAGAAGCACACAAGAGAGGAACAACACUCUCCUCUUCAAUCAUCUCCUUCCCUCCCCGCAACAUCUCGGCUCAACCGAGAACCAACCUCAUCCGCAACGCAACCGACACAUUCGAUCAAGUGUUGGAGGUGACCGACAACAGUUGGGGCGAGCUGAUCCUUGACAGCAAACUUCCCGUGGCUUUGGUCGAGUUCUGGGCACCAUCGUGCGGUCCAUGCAAGAUGAUGGCGCCAGUGAUGGACGAGCUGGCGAAGGAGUAUGCGGGUAGGGUUGCCUGCUUCAAGAUCAACACCGAUGACUCGCUGAGUAUGGCGAGUCAGUACGGGGUCAGGAGCAUACCAACCGUGCUGCUGUUCAAGAACGGGGAGCAGAAGGAGAGCAUAACUGGUGCUGUAAAGAAGAGUGCCCUGAGUGCAACUAUUGAGAAGCAUUUGGAUACGUAGUUGCGCGUCAUGCGUCUCAAUUUGUAUAGAUAUAUAUUGGCUUUCCAGAAUUGGGACUUGUUGAUAUGAUAUGUUGUUAAUAAUAUGAGAUGGUUUGGUUGGUAGUCUUGAAAA